AUGCCUCCACGAGCUCCAGCUAUCUUCAGCUCUUCCGGGCCUCUCGCCCUUCGACUGCGGCCCGCCACACGCCAGCGGGCCUCGUACUCGACCGACAAGAACAGCAAUCCGGGGCCGUUGGUCCGGGUGACGGACCUCCCGGCGCCCAAUUCGGGCCACAUCCGGAUCUUGGAGCUCAACCGGCCGGCGGCGCGCAACGCCAUCUCGCGGGCGCUGCUGUCGUCGUUGCGGGACGAGAUCGACGCCGUGCACGCGCAGUACGACGCCGCGACGGGCGACGAGAUCGCGCAGCCCUCGUGGAACAAGCGGUUUGGCGGGGCUGCCGGAGAGGACAAGAAGGGGCCCACAAGGGCGCUGGUCCUGGCCUCGGCCGUGGACACGUCGUUCUGCUCGGGCGCCGACCUCAAGGAGCGGAAGGGCUUUAGCCAGGAGGAGACCUCCGCCUUCCUCCUCAACCUCCGCACCACGCUGACUCACCUCUCGGCCCUCCCGAUCCCGACCAUCUCCGCCAUCUCGUCGGUGGCCCUCGGCGGCGGCCUCGAGCUCGCGCUGGCGACGCACUUCCGGGUCCUCAGCUCCAACGCCGUGGUGGGGCUGCCGGAGACGCGGCUGGGCAUCAUCCCGGGGGCCGGGGGCACGUACCGGCUGCCCGCGCUGAUCGGCGCGUCGCGGGCGCGCGACCUGAUCGCCACGGGCAGGCGCGUGUCGGCGCCCGAGGCCUACUUCCUGGGCAUCGCGGACCGGCUCGUCGAGGUGGCGCCCGAGACGGAGGAGCAGGCCAAGGCGUGGGAGGGCAUGGAGGCCCCGGAGCGCGACGCCGAGGUGCUGGCGCUGGCGAGGCGCGCGGCGCUGAGCGAGGCGGUGCGCAUGGCCGGGGAGAUCUGCGAGGGCGGGCCUGUCGCGGUGAGGGCGGCGCUGAGGGCGGUGGCGGAUCCGAGGGAGGAGGUGGAGAAUAAGAUGUACGAGAGGGUUGUCAGUACCGAGGACAGGAACGAGGCGCUGAAGGCGUUUGGCGAGAAGAGGAAGCCUGUGUUCAAGGGGAGUGCCCAGCGACAAAAAGUGGUACCGGAUACGGUGAAGGACAAGCUGAAGUCGGUGGACCGCGUUGUCAGCGACAAGCUCGUCGACGGCAUCAACAUUGGCUCAACGGUCGCACACAAGAUCAAGGAGGCCGGCGGGGAAGUCACCCACGGCAAGGCCACGGGGAAGGCCGAGGAGCUCAGGCGAGAGGCACAGGGCAAGGCCCACGAGGUGGCUGGCGAGGCAAAGGGCAAGGCCCACGAGGUCGCAGGAAAGGCCAAAGGUGCCGCUGAGGAGGCGAAACAAAAGUUCUAAGCCGACCGAGAGCUUAUGUGGGUGGGUUUUCUCUCCGAGACUGUCAAUGGUGUUCCCGGUUGUACAAUAUCCUGUUACCCGAUUGCAUUGCUUGGUUGGAGGCAAAUGGAACUAUGAAUGAAGUAAUGAAUUCCUGAGUUUGUCUCUGGCUUUCGGUCAACAACCGAUGUCUGCAUGAACCGAUGGCAGCAUGAACCGAUGUCUGCAUGACUGGGUUGUCGUGGACUUUUUGAUAUUCGGCCAGAAUCAGCCCGAACCAGACGUAAGCGGCUACUUACUUGUUGGUCCCUGUUCAUUUCAGCCUCAAAAACCGAGG